AUGAAAGUGUUAAGCAGCUGUAAUACUUCAAAGACACUAAAUGCUGGGAACAUGGAGAGUCUGAUCGAGUGCCGGUCGGAGGCUGACACCAAGAAAAGCCCUGCACCAGUCCCCACAGAUACCGAGGCCGGACUUUGCCACCCAGCUGAUGGAACAAAGAAAAGGAAGAAGGGGAUAUCACAGUCAUUUACUCUGAGGCGAAGCUCUACCAAUGGGAAUUCCCCAGGGCAGCUAGACUCUGGUGCCAAAAUCCCUCUGUUUGGCCAGCCUUUGGCAAUUAUCUGUGGGGAAGAUGACACGCUGCCUCGGCCGAUCCAGGAUCUCCUAGCUAUAUUGUAUAUGAAAGGACCUUCCACUGAAGGGAUAUUCAGAAAAGCUGCCAAUGAGAAAGCACGAAAGGAGUUGAAGGAGGACCUAAACAAAGGCGGGAAUGUUGAUUUGAAAAGCAAAUCUGUGCACCUGCUGGCAGUGGUCUUGAAG